GACUGGGGAGCAGAGCGGCCGUGAGGCAGGUUCCAGCGGCCCCUUCCUGCUGCCGCCCCAGCUCGUCCGCACAAGGCAGCCAGGCCCGGAGCAGCUGCGGGACCAGGGCCCUGGGGACUCGCCAUGUGGACCCGCUGGUGGCUCUGGCCCCUGGUGGCCAUCUGCACCGCUGACCAGUUUCUGGACGAGGCAAAGAGAAUUAUGAGAACCACACCUGUCAUUGAUGGGCACAACGACCUGCCCUGGAGGCUGCUGACCAAGUUCAACAAUCAGCUCCGGAAGAAGAACGCCAGCCUGCACAGCCUGGUCGGCACACACACCAACAUCCCCAAGCUGAGGGCUGGCUUUGUGGGGGGCCAGUUCUGGUCUGCGUACACGCCCUGCGACACCCAGAACAAGGACGCCGUGAAGAGGACGCUGGAGCAGAUCGACGUCAUCCACCGCAUGUGCCACAUGUACCCCGAGACCUUCCUGUGUGUCAACAGCAGCCAAGGCAUCCGACAGGCCUUCCAGGAGGGGAAGGUGGCCAGUCUGGUCGGGGUGGAGGGCGGUCACUCCAUCGACAGCAGCCUGGGUGUCCUGCGGGCACUCUACCACCUGGGGAUGCGGUACCUGACCCUCACGCACAGCUGUAACACGCCCUGGGCGGACAACUGGCUGGUGGACACCGGGGAUGACGAUGCCCAGAGCGACGGCCUGUCCGAGGACUUCGGGGAGAGCGUGGUGAGGGAGCUGAACCGGCUGGGGGUCAUCAUUGACCUGGCCCACGUGUCUGUGGCCACCAUGAAAGCCGCUCUGAACCAGUCCCAGGCCCCCGUCAUCUUCAGCCACUCCUCCGCCUUCGCGCUGUGCAAGCACCGGCGAAACGUGCCCGACGACGUGCUCCAGCUGGUGAAGCAGACGGGCAGCCUGGUGAUGGUGAACUUCUACAAUGACUAUGUCGCCUGCAAAAUGGAGGCCAACCUGUCUCAAGUGGCAGACCACCUGGACCACAUCAAGAAGGUGGCGGGAGCCGGAGCUGUGGGCUUUGGUGGGGACUUCGACGGUGUUUCAAGGCUCCCGACGGGGCUUGAGGACGUGUCCAAGUACCCGAACCUGAUCGCCGAGCUGCUCAGGAGGCAAUGGACGGAGGCGGAGGUCAGGGGCGCCCUGGCCGACAACCUGCUGAGGGUCUUUGAGGCGGUGGAGCAGGCCAGCAACCAUGCCCGGGACCCGGAGGAGAAGCCCAUCGAGCAGAGGUACCUGGACAGUUCCUGCCGGACGAGCUAUGGCUACUCAGAGGCUCCCGGCCUCCACCUCCAGCCCGCAGCCCUGCUGGCCUCCCUCGCCCCCCUCCUCCUCAGCCUGCGUCUUCUGUGACACCCUGGGACCAAGCCCCCGGCAGAGGGAAGACUGGCCAUCGGGGCAGCCGACCCCAGGAACUGCUCCCACGCUCAAGGACUGGCCUGUCCUGCGCGAGCCCUGGGCUCCCCUGGGCCGUGCGCUGUGGGGGGCACAGGCCAGGCCCACAGAGGAUCCUCAAUAAAGGCACCGGCCCUCUGUCCUGA